AUGGAGGCCAUAGGCGUUGGUGCCAAUGUCCUGGCCUUCGUCUUGUUGGGCAUCAAGUCGGCAAAGCUGGCCCAUGACACACUCUCCACGGUCAAGGAUGCUCCGAAGGUCGUGCAGGACUUGACGGCCAAUGUCCUCCAACUGCAAAGGAUUCUCGAGAAGUUGAAAGAGCCCUGCACCGCUGCAAGCGCCGACGCCCUGGACGGUCUGGAAGGUCAAGUUCGUCAGUGCGACGAGGAUCUUCGGGAGUUGGCACAGCUCAUCCAGAAGUUCCAAGCUUCCCCAAGAGACAAAUUCGCAAAGAAGUUCUGGAAGCGUCUCAAAGUUGCCGUUAGCGAAAAGGAUCUUGAAAGAUUCAAUCGCCAAGUGGAGCAAAAAGCCAAUCUGCUCAACGUGAGGCUGAGUACGCUUUCAAGAAACGAGAUUCAUGAAGUGAAAGAUGGAAACGAGAGAAUUGAACAAAAAAUCCGCUUGAUGAACGCCUCAGUGCAGGCCCAGUUUGAACCGCAGAAAGCAAGCUUUCUCGACGCCAUGAGAGCCAUUUCAAGAAGCCGCGAUGAUGAAAGAACUGCUUUAAGGACAGACUUAUCAUCCAUUCAGCAGGCUAUCGAGACACUCUAUUUAAUCUCGCCCGAAGAUACCCAAGCCGUCCUUCAGCCGCUCGUGGAGAUCAAUUAUCGCACCGAUCCUGAGCCCAAGGAUGAUCUGGAGACCACCAAUUCGAGAGGUAACGAUGAACAUGCUAUGGAUGAAGCCGCCAUAGGAUCGGAUCAGAAGCUGCUGGAAAUCAUUGAUAGCCUUUGCAGCUUGAUCGACGAGAAAAGGGAUGCCAUCGAUGCAUACGGGGAGGAUGAUGAUGACCGGGCCCAGUCUGCGAUCAAGGACUUGGAGGGGCUUGUACAGAACCUUCGAGGGCAGAAACUCCCCGUUUCAGACCCAAAGUCAUUUGGCAGUGACUUGGUUCGAUUUGGUAAAUGGUUUGGGUCAGGAACUUUGUCCAUCAACUCGAGAGUUGAGAGUUCUCGAAGGCCCCUCACCCGGGUGGUAGAGAACUCACAAAGCUUUAGUGAAGUAGACAUUGGAGCUGGAAAAAUUCAUCUCAUGGUUCAGAAACGGAAGCGCGCAAUAUGCCCGGAUGGCCAGGAUGACGACGACAUGAGAGCAAAAAAGCGAUACCAUACCGACUGGAUGAUGAGAGUUGCCUAUCUACCAGGCAGGGGACAGAGCCGCCACAUGCUAUUGGCCUCAUUAACACGACAGGAACUUCUCACAAAUAGCAUAACGUGCAUCUCUAGACUGCAGAUUAAUCGAGUUUUGCCUGUGGGGUCGCUGGUCUUCGAGCUGGUAAGAACAGGCUACCUCCAAGGACUCAAGAAGAUGCUGCAGGAUGGCAGGGCAUCUCUUCAAGAUCAUGAUGAGCAUGGCGCCUCGUUGCUCUUUUAUUCGGUACAGCACCCAGAAGUGUGCAAGUUUUUAGUCGACAGUGGGCUCGAUAUUGAUCAUAUCGGGGGUAGCCCCGGGUUUCCACAAUUCCAGGUGCCAGCACUCCAGGCACACGACCAGAAUGAUUUCGAGACGGAGCCUGAAGAGUUGCGACGGGUCAUCGAGUGUCGCCGGCUUCUGCUGCGUGCCGGUGCUGACCCAACCUUGAGCGUGGGCGACGAUGGCAGCUUUCUUGACGACGCGCUUAGACAAAAUGUCCCUGAGUGA